CGCCCCCUAGCGGCCGCUCUCGGCAGCAGCAGGUAAAAAAAGGCGUGGCCAAUCACAUUUGCGGCAGUUACCUGAAUAUUAAAGGACGCUGCUGGCGGCGUCCACGUCAAUCUUCACAAAAGAAAACAAGGAUGGUGGAACAAACAAGACAGCCGAGUCGUGUCGUCUCUCUCCGGGCUGGACCUGGCGAGGCGGACGCUGGCAACCCGUAUGACGGUAACCUCAGAAUCAAUGACAGGACUGCGCGUGCUUUAGCCCACCAGCUGGCUGUAAUUGGAGACCAGCUGGACUGGGAAUGGACCAGCAGACAGCCAAACUGGCUACCAGCUCCUCUACACAUGCUGAGACCUGCUCAGGCACUGACCAGGACCAUCUAUCGGGACAUCCACGCCCAGUUCUGGGGCUUCCAGGGUCUCUCCGCUGCAGCGAAGGCCUGGAAAGCCAGCACUGCGAUCCUCAGAGCUGAGGCUUGGACAGCCUGGGUGUCCAAUUUUAAACCGAUGACCUGCACUGGCUGGCCCAGAGGGACCCCUGUGACUGUGGCACUGGUGGCUGCAGUGACCCUCUUCGGUGCACUGUGGAUGGAGUGGAAAGCCUGAAGGGCCAUAAGCAGGUCUUUUCGGCCGAUAUACUGAAUAAUUGACCAAGAAUGUUUGCAAAUGCGUGACAAUUAUUGCUAACUGAUUUGUUUCCGCUGUUUACCCUGACUUCUCUUUUUAUACUAAUUUAAUGAGCGGUAUUGAAGUCGACACUGAUGACUGUGGACCAACGUGUUGCGCAACAUAGCUGAAAAACACAAGUAAAAAAUAUUCCGUAAAACUUGUCGGGGCAUGUGGAUAUUGUUCAAAUCAGUUUUACAGCACUGCCCAAGGCGUUGGCCAGCGUAUUGUGGCAGCGACCUGUUGGGCUCACAGUUGCAUCAAUGUCAAAAGCAUGUUUCCAUGACUGGACUGUUGCUGGCCUGCAGUGUUUUGUACCCAGAUUUGUUUCUUACUGGUUUAAGAGGCCAAACCGUUUUUUUUUUGUUUUUUUUACAGACGAUAUUUAGCGUGGCUUAAUAGAAAAUGAAGGGAGCUGGACUUUCUGUUGCAGAUUUGAAACUGCUUUUCACACAAUGCAAAUAAAAUUAAUGAUGACAACGUGUUGCAGUCUCAUUAAUAAUAA